AUGUCCCCUGAACCUGACAAAUCAAGCACAAUCGAGCCCACGGCAGGCUCUCCUCAAGUACGGUGGCAGUUCAUCAACGCCUCGGGUAACAGCCGAAAUAAUCUAACUCAAGUCAAACGCCAUGUCAUGCAAGAAUAUAUGCGACAAAAGCGACAGGCUGCAGGCCAGUCUGACAUCGGUCCUGAUGACACCAUAGGGGAAGGCGGCCGCAAACCUUUCAGGUCACGUCGGAAAGCCAAGGGUAGCAGCCAUCGCGAUGACCCCGCCGAUAAAAGGCCCAAGGCAGAGAUUGGCGAAAAUGCUGAAGAUACUGCAGCUAACCUUGUGCACCAACAUGGAUCCGAAACAAGCCCAAGUCAUCUAAUCAGUGAACACAACUCCACCGAGGUCAUGGAGAACUUUGGUGCAGAAGUCGGCGCUUAUCAAGUCUCCGACUCCUCAUCGGACUCCCGGAUAUGGUACUCGGCGACGUCGCAAAGCAGUAGCUCGGAGCUGGGGAGCUUGACGCCACGGUCCUCCGCCCCGACAUCCCCAUAUGAAGUGGCGCUAUCUCCGAAAACAAUACUCAGCGCCGCACGUACUGAUCCUUUCAACACCUUACCACUGGAGUUGGACCUUGACAGCCAGCGGUUGUUCGAUUUCUAUGUGAACGAAAUGCCUGCCUGCUCCUACGGGAACCAUUUUCGAUCCUCCAAAGCGCACAAUUGGUACACGGCAGUCUUCGUUCCCGAAGGGAUGAAAGGGCCAGUGGCGUUCCAGAAUACCAUCCUUGUCCAUGCAGCUAACACAUGGACAUGGGUUCGCAAUCAGGAAGUGGAUGAAAGAGGUCUAAUUCAUCGCGACCGGGCCAUUUCCAUGCUUCGCGAACACCGUGAGAGACACCCUCAUGACUUCUCCGACGAAGUAAUCAUAGCUUGUCUCAGUGCUGCCGGACUCGAAGAUUUCGACCCCCGUCCUGGACGCAAGCAAAUCAGCUGGCUUCAUAUGCGAGCUGCAAGAGAGAUGAUCCGAGCCCGCGGUGGUCCCGCUGCAUUUCAUAAUACUCGGCUGGGUAUGCUGAUCAAUUGGCAAGAUUACAUCCUCUCGGGCUAUGAAACUGACGGACCGAGUUUCUUCUUUGAUGCUGCACCACCGAUGAUACAGCCAACUACAAUGGCCCAGCCUAUGAUGGCUUCAUAUCCUGUUCCGGUCGAGCUAAGCCUCUCCUGGCCUCGACCAUUACUUCCAUACGAAGAAAUUCAGAAUCAAUGCGAUGAGUUCAUAACCUUUCUCAAACGAUGUCAACAGCUUUCGGCCUAUCAAGCGAGCACUACUGACGCCAACUCGCUUCAAAUGCGCCACACUGCCUUCCAGGAAGGGUCACUACUACACCAAAUUCUUGCGGCGCCUCCCGGGGCGCGCUUCACUGCCUCUGGCAACCGCAAACAGUUCGUUGCGCGGCUGGUCGCCCUGCUCAUGCUCAACGCGGCCCUUUGGGACUACCGACAUUCCGUGCCGCACAGCGAGACUUUCCUCCAGACGCUGCAGCAGGCGGUGGUGGACAGCGAGGUGAAUAUGAGCGGUUCCGUGGAGGCACUGCUGCAGAUCUUGCUCGAGUGCAAGGACGGCCAUGUCAACACGACCAGCGACAGCUGCAGCCAAGGACCAGACUUCACGCAGUACUCCCAGACCGCAAGCGGCCCAUACGAUCGGCCAUGGUUCGCUGGUCGGAUGCUCAAGGUCGCCAAGCGUCUCAGUUAUGAGUCUUGGAUGCACGUUAAUAAUAUCCUCUUCUCUUGCCUGACCAUGCAACCGGGCAUGCCCAAUGUUGCUCUGUGGGAAGAUAGCCUUCAACAGGAGAUUUCCAACGCGCCGCUCACCAGAUAUACCAUGCCCUCAUUGGAAGAGCUAUGACACCAGCCCACGACUAUAUACCCCUUUUUCCCGUCAGACUCAUAUGGAUAUCUGCAACACCUUGCCAAGUCUUGGGUUCAAUCCAGGUCAUCAUUCAUUGGAGUCCUUCCUGCACUUUCCCUCUUUCUUGUGAUCCAUCCUCAUGAUAUAGACAAGAGUCUUUUCCCGCUCAUUCGUCUGCAACAGCACUAUACAUUUCUGGAUGAAACCUCUCUUAUACAUAUAUGCUUAUCCGUCAUCAUCCCUUUUGUUCACUGCAUGUUAUACCCCAGCUUGUACCAACGAACUCUGCAGCCAUAGAUUUCUUUUUGCUUUCAUUCUUCUGAUACUGUAAUUGAUUACCAAUUGGAGCAUAUCUCUAUGAGAUGAUUUUUAUUAAACAUCUUGAUCGUUAGCUUCGACUG